UCAGGCAGUGAGGUGUGUGUGCAGUGGAAACGGAACAUAGUAAAUACACUCACAAAAUAUAGAAGUUGGAUUUGAAUCAGGAUCAACGUGAAGAUGGACUCUGAGCCAAAAAGGCCAAGUUCAGAGCAGCGGAAAGUCCGGUCGCGAGAUGCUGCGCGCUGUAGGCGGAGCCAGGAAACAGAGGUCUUUUAUGAACUUGCUCACACCUUGCCCCUUCCCCGCCGCGUCACCUCUCACCUGGACAAGGCGGCAAUCAUGAGGGUGACCCUCAGCUUUCUGCGCAUGCGUGGCUUCCUGCAGUCCGUGUCUAAGAAAGCGGUGCCAAGUGUGGAGGAAGAAGAGGAUGUCAGAGACACGCUGUACCAGCAGGCUUUGGCUGGCUUCAUCUUGGUCAUGACUGAGGAGGGAGACAUGGUCUUUCUGUCAGAAAACGUUAGCAAAUACAUCGGCAUCACACAGCUGGAGUUGCUGGGACAGAGUGUGUACGAUUUUGUUCACCCCUGUGAUCAGGAGGAGUUACGAGACCUCCUCGUCCCACGGCCAGGAGUCUCCAAAAAGAAGACGGAGAAUUUUAGCGAGCGUAAUUUCUUCUUGAGAAUGAAGAGCACCAUCACAAGCAGGGGCAGAACAGUGAACAUUAAAUCUGCCGACUGGAAGGUACUUCACUGCACAGGGCAUUUGCAGACAUACAGCGGUGAGGAAGACUCCUCUCUCCCCGCCGGCUCCUUCCUCAUCCUGCUGUGUGAGCCCAUACCACACCCCUCCAGUGUGGAGUUCCCUCUGGACAGCAGCACCUUCCUCACCCGCCACAACAUGGACCUGAGCUUCACACAGUGUGAUGGAAGGGUUACUGAGCUCGUCGGGUAUGAGCCGGACGACCUGAUUGGUCGAUCGGCUUACGAGUUUUUCCACGCCCUGGAUUUUGAACAUGUGACCAAAAGCUUGCACAUCUUGCUAACCAAAGGCCAGGUGUGUACCAGCCACUACCGCUUUCUGGCCAAGAACGGAGGCUUUGUCUGGGCGGAGACUCAGGCUACAGUGAUCUACAACAGCAGGACUUCUCAGCCUGAGGCCGUAGUCUGCCUCAACUUCAUCCUUAGUGGGGUGGAGCAGGCUGACGUGGUGUUCUCAGCGGAGCAGACCCGUAACGAGGUGAAGCCCAAGCGUGAGGGAGUUGUGGUGAAGGUGGAGGCGGUGGAGGAGAUGGUGACCUGCAGUAAGAACAGUGAUGGUGGCAGUGCAGAGCUGUUCCUUAAGCUGAAAGAGAACCCAGCAGAGCUGCUCCAGCUGGCCCCAGUGUCUGGAGACGCGGUCAUAGCCCUGACAGAGAGCAUGGAGCUGUCCUUCCGCCCCUCCAGCCCAGACAGCCUGCCCGAUGCCCCGCAGGAGCUGUGCACGCCCGAGCUACGGCAGCUCCUCGCUCCCAUCUUCGACACGCCUUCCUCUUCCCCUCAGGUGCCUGAGCUGAGCCCUGUUGAGGACUUGCCCAUUGAGACCGUGGAGGUGGAGAAAUUCUUUGCCCACAAACCAGAGGAGAUCAAGACACAGAACAGCCAAACACAGGACUUGGAAGAGAUGGAUCUGGACAUGUUGGCUCCGUAUAUCUCCAUGGAUGACGAUUUCCAGCUGACAUUCCUAACACAAUUCCCAGAGUCGGACUUGUCCCCUGCAGAGCUGCCUGCCGCUGUUUCCAGGAAACGGGGUCUGGAGGAGGACGAGGAUGUGCCCUCACUGACCAGCCAAUUGGAGAAGAGACAGAAAAACUGCUCCAUAGAAGAGGAAUUCCUAAUGAGCAAAGCCCUGCUGAACUGCCUCGUGGACUCAGACAGUUCAGAGGAGUUUGAUGCUCUCCCUCAGCCGCAGAGUCAGCUCCUCACAGACAAGGACCCCGUGUUAGGAGGGGCGCAUCCCCUAUGUGACACAGCAGCUUUGAUGCAAGAUGCCCUCCUCUCCCAACCCCCUAAUCCCAUUGUUCAGAUGGCUGGAAAUGCCCCACCCUUCACCUGAACAAAGACUGUUCACUCACCACUGUUGGCUGUGGGGCAGAUGGCACACUCUGUCCCCACCUCUGUUUAUUAGGUUCAAAUAAGUAAUUCUCAUCUGAUAGACUUUAUCUAUACACACACGCAGUCGGAUACCUUCAAUACCUUGACCUUUGCCACAGUGAUGGUUACAAGUGUGAUGUGGAGCCGGAAAUACAGACAGGAAACUUUGUAGCAGAUCGUAUGUAAUCUCAAACGAAAGCUGAAGUAACGCAUAAAUGUUUCUUUUGCCAACUACUUUUAAAGCUUUUUAAAAAAAAAAAAAAAAAAAAGAAAGAAAAAAGGAAGCGCCUCCAGUCAUGAAAAGAAGGAAGAGGAAGGUCUUGUCUUCCAGUUAUGAAAGUCCAACUGCCACCAUGUACAGACUAAGACCAGAUUUGUUUUGUUUUGUUUUGUUUUUAAACGUCUCACGUUCACGUCUGUGUCAAAUGCUAGCAUGUGUCACGGAGACAGCAUGCACAUGGGUCGACUAGACUGUGUGUGAAAGCCAGUCUCACACACACGCACACACACACACAAGCCCGCACACACACUCACAGACA